AUGUUCCGCCCGCCCGACGAAGACCACCACACAUGCCGAUUACCCGACCACCUCAAUCGCACCAGUACGCGUCGAAAGAGGAGGUACAACAGGCUAUCGAAGAAUUACGCAGGGCUCUUCCAGAGGGGGCACUGUCAUGACCGACACAGACACCCUCACGAUGUAUGGUCAUUCCGACAACUCAUACCACCGACAUCCCCGCACUCCGUCGCGGUGCGUCCGCAGAGCACAGAAGACGUGGUGAAGAUCGUCAACAUAGCGCGGAAAUAUCGCGUGCCCAUCGUGCCCUACAGCGGCGCUACGAGCCUGGAGGGUCAUUUUUCCGGAUACCCUACAGGGGACAUCUGUGUAGACAUGUCGGGAAUGGAUAAAAUCCUUGAGAUUCACGAGGAUGACGGUGACGUAGUAGUCCAAUCGGGCGUGCCAUGGGAAGAGCUCAACCGGACGCUCAAGGAGAAGGGUAUCCCAUUAUUCUUCCCGCUCGACCCCGGUCCUGGAGCGACCAUUGGCGGAAUGAUCGGAACGGGAUGUUCAGGGACAAACGCCGUCCGGUACGGAACCGCGAAGAGCGAAUGGUUCCUAAACAUAACUGCGGUCCUCCCCAAUGGCAAGGUCAUCAAGACACGUAGAAGGGCACGCAAGUCGUCGGCCGGAUUCGAUCUGACGAAGAUAUUCAUCGGUGCGGAGGGCACUCUGGGAAUCGUCACAGAAGCUACUCUUCGCCUGGCGCCGGUGGUGCCGACGAGAGUUGCCAUGGCACAGUUCCCCGACAUUCAGCGCGCAGUGAGCGCUGUCCAGGAAAUCCUGAACAGCCCGAACGGGCCGCAUCUCCAAUGCAUCGAACUUCUCGACGACAAGAUGAUGGCAGCCAUCAACAACGCGGGCGAGGUCUCGCGCACGCUGCCCAUCAGCGACACGCUCUUCUUCAAGAUCCAGGGCUCGCCGGAUGCGAUCGGGGCGACGGCGGCGGCCGUGCGCGAGACGACGGCGAAGCACGGCAGCACGCGCUUUGAGUUCGCGCAGACGAACGAGGAGGCGGAGGAGCUGUGGGAGAGCAGGAAGUACGCGCUGAUCAGCACGAUUGGGAGCGAGCCCGGGGCGAAGUGCUGGACGACGGAUGUUUGCGUCCCGCCCUCGAAGUUGCCGCAACUGGUGUCGGAGACGAAGAAGGACCUGGCGGAGCAUGGGCUCAGGUCGACCAUUGUCGGCCAUGUCGGAGAUGGUAACUUCCACGCGCUGAUCCUCUUCAAGGACGAUAAGGAGCUGCACUCUGUGAGCGACGCUGUACACAGACUCGUGCGUCGAGCAAUCAGCAUGGACGGUACAUGUACGGGCGAGCACGGUGUCGGUGUUGGCAAGAAGGAGUAUCUAGUCGAAGAGCUUGGCGCGGACACGGUCGAGCUGAUGAAGACCAUUAAGAGGGCAAUCGACCCGUUGAACAUCAUGAAUCCGAGCAAGCUGUAUCCUGACACGGAGAACAAGACUAACGGCCAUUAA